AUCAUUUUAAUUUGUAUAAUUUUAUUCUUCAACGAAAUUAUCAUGUCGUAUGCUUCAAACACAAAAAAAUUUAUUCAUACAAUUUCGAAAGUGGGUGAGUUUGACGAACAAUCCACGCCCGAAGUUUUGGUCCAAGGCAUUCCAUGGCAUGUUACAUUCAAAAAGGAACUGCAUGAGGGAGAGGAAUGGUUCGCUGUUUAUUUGUGUUGCGGAAAUGAAGAUGCAUCACACGAUUGGUCACACACUGCUUUGGCCACAGUUAAACUAUUGCCAUUCGAGAAAAAUGUGGAACCAAACAAAGGCUACAUUUCACCGUAUAUUUUCGGUAACUCACAUUGCAUUUUUGGCGUCAAUUUCAUCGAAUGGGAACGGUUGACGAAUGUUGAAAAUGGAUUUGUUCGAAAUGACACCAUCCAGAUGAAGAUUAAAAUCGAAGUUGCUGAUCCAAAUGAUAAAGAUAAGAGCAUUUUGAAGUUUGAUGUUCUCGACAAAUGUUGUGGAGUUGGUAAUUAUACAUCUUUCCGAUUGACUGUUUCCAAUAUCGAUGCAUUGAUGGCUGUUGGAACGCCCGAAUUCAUGUUGCGUGGCCUAUGUUGGAAAAUGUCGAUUUACAAUGAUGCAUCGAAAUGGUUGCGUGUUCUGCUUGAAAUCUUUCGAUAUGAAGAUAUUGAUAAAGUUACGUGUAAUGUCAUAGCUUUCGUCAAGCUUAUUUCGACAAAAAAUAAUGUUAAAUCAAUUGAACAUGUGCUCAAGAAGAAAAUGACCGCGGACGAUGUGUUGGAAGAGUGUAAAUUUGUAUCGUGGGACAACUUAUUUGAUGAUGAAACUGGUUUUGUUCGCAAUAAUGUGAUCGUAUUAGAAGUCAAAAUUGUAGCAGAACAACCUGAUUAUGCCGGUCAAAAUGAAGAUGUCAACCUGCUGAAAUUGGAAUGUUCAAUCUGUAUGGAAGCCAUUCGCGAUCAAGAACUUUCAUCCCUUCAAUGUUCUCAUAUGUUUUGUACAAAGUGCAUCGAAGAUGUCAUUAAAGCUCGCAAAAAGUGUCCAGUCUGCAAUGCAGCAGCCAAAUUGACCGAUUUACGGCGCUGUCGUUUGCCAUUUGCAAGUUAAGCAGGAUAAGAUCCGAGUCAACCAGAAGUCACAUCGGACGCGAACAGUUACAACCGAUUCGCCAAUUAUGCGACAAUUUUCAUAGUAUUACAAUUUCAUAUCCAUAUGUAUUUAAUUGAAUAUCAACAUAUAUUUUACUGA